AUGUCUGGACGUGGAAAAGGAGGCAAAGCCAAGACCGGAGGAAAGUCGAAGUCGCGAUCAUCGCGUGCUGGACUUCAGUUCCCAGUCGGUCGUCUUCAUCGUAUGCUCCGCAAGGGCAACUAUGCUGGACGUAUCGGAGGUGGAGCUCCAGUCUACCUAGCCGCUGUUCUCGAAUACCUCGCUGCUGAGGUUCUCGAGUUGGCCGGUAACGCUGCUCGUGACAACAAGAAGACCAGAAUCAACCCUCGCCAUCUGCAACUUGCCGUCCGCAACGACGAGGAGCUCAACAAGCUCCUCUCCGGUGUGACCAUCGCACAGGGAGGUGUUCUGCCCAACAUCCAGGCCGUUCUCCUGCCCAAGAAGACCGCCGGUGACAAGGAAUAA